AUGGCACGCCAAAUUGUCGUUCUUUUCCUCGUCUUCUUCGUCGUCUUCGGCCUGGCCUCGGCUGCCGUUGACCCCCACGCUGCCUCUGCUCCCGCCGAGGGGCCAUUGGACAGCGGAACAGAUAGCAAUGUGAUUGGCACUACUGAUGGUGCAUACAAUAGUGAUGAGGCAGCACCCGUUGGCGGGCCCGUUCCCGCCGGAGUUUUCUCCAAUGCUUCCCCCGCCGAAUCACCCAAGAGCGGCGCCACCACCGCUGAAGUCACCAACAUCGUCGGUGUUGUAGCCGCUGCGGUGACCGGUUCCUUUUUCUUCUAA